GCAGAGGUGUGUUUGUGUGUGUGUGGAGUUAUGGCUCUGUUCAUGGACUCAGACUUCUCUUUACUCAAGCAGAACCAGCAGAAAGACCUGGCAGAUUUCAAGGCAUUAUUCGGAGAACAGGAACACUCAAAAGAUGCCCGCAGUGGGAGUGCCGUAUCCUCUCCGGAGCCGGACAGAGGCAUCGGUUUGAUGGAGGGUCAGAGGAAAAGGAAGAGGACCAUCUUCAGCCGUGCGCAGCUGUCUGAGCUGGAGCAGGCCUUCGCUGUGACCCCCUACCCGGACAUCACCCUGCGGGAAAGGCUGGCCGCGCACACACACCUGCCUGAGAGCAAGAUACAGGUGUGGUUCCAAAACAGAAGAGCUAGAAGUAUUAAGACCGGUAGACUCUCCAAGUCCACCAAGUCUGUCCUUGGAGUUAGAGGUUUUGUGGAUCCCUCCUCCGGCCCUGCGACUUCCACGUAUUCGAACACUCUGGCAGACAUGUUCAGGCCAGAGCAGAACCACUCCUGUGAGGAGGUCCCGCAGAUUUACUCAGAUUGGAUGCAAAUCUACAGUAACCCCAUGUCAUCGCCACCAUGUUCCUCAUCCCUCCAUCAGCAGUCCACUCGUAGCUGCUCCAAACCCUCAGAGUCUCGUCUCUGGGAAGAGGAGUACCACGGGCAGCAGCAACAGCACUUAGGAGCCUCACUCACUGGUUUCAUUCCUGGUUCGUUUCAUCAGUCCAUCACCAGGCAGCCUCACCACGCUGCAUCUACAUGCUCCUAUCAGGCCUUCAGGAACUUCAAGUCCCGGAGCUUGGCUCCAUCUGGACCUCAUCAGGCACUGUGCAGCGGAGGCACUGGAACUGGCGGUCAUCCCUCAGUAGAUCAGGUUGUCCCUUCCCACCCUCAGCCAAUGUACUGGGAAAUCUCUCAAGGUCAGGGACAGCACCACCACCACCACCAUCAUCACCCACAACUGGGACCACAGACCUCGAUGGGAUAUAUCUCAGACCUGAUCUAUAACGCUGCUAUUGUUACCAAUUUUCUUGAAUUCUGA